CUCAUUACUGGGUCUUCCCUGAUUCUUUUCGAGACUUGAUCUUAUGCUAUGAAAAUGCACUUGGAGGACAUUGACUGUGAUAUACAACAAGGUCAUAAUGCAAGAAGGCAGCAACAAGGACUUCGAUGUUGCAGCCAUAAAAAAUUGACAGUCAUGGCAGUGUUUCUUUCUGGAUGCAUCUUAUCAGUCUACAGAGUAAUUGAAUAUAAGCUAAUAAUAUCUCCCAACUACCAAGAGCAAAUGACACAUAACUAUAAAGAAACCCAAACAACCAGUUCAACACAGAACACUCAUAGCAGGGAUUUUGUGGCUGAGCAGACAAGUGCAAAGAGUACUAAAAAACAACAAUGGCUGGAUCACAAUGGAAAAUCAUAUUAUUUUGAAACAAACAAAAAAGGAUGGGAUUUUGCAGACAGCUUUUGCAAGAUGCAAAGUUCAAACCUCACUAUGAUUAAGAAAACCGAGGACAUGAAUUUCAUAUUGAAUCACAUUAUGGGUCACACUUGGGUUGGAUUGAAAAGGGAGAAUGAAAAAUGGAAUUGGAUCGAUGGGACAGCUUUCCACAACAGAGUAUUUGAAAAUGAUGUUCAACAAGAGAAGUCUGGCAGUGAUUGUGGUAGCAUAAUGACAGGUGGCAUAUUGUUGGCAGCACCUUGCAAAACUGCUAAUCAAUGGAUCUGUGAAAAGUUAAUAGUGGAAAAGUGAUGUAUUAUCUCAAUAUGUUAAAAAUAUAUAUAUUUUUCUCUUUUGCUUUAAAAUUAUUUAAUACAAUUAAUGUGAAUUAUUUUAAAUA